GGGCAAAGAAACGUCCUGAUCUGCACACAUCCCGCUUGGACUGGGAGCGGUCCUGGCAGCGAGACUUCGACAGGAACUACCCCAGCGGAAACGCAACUCGCCUCAAAAACAUACACCGCAUGCCAAAGAGUGUCUUUGCAACAGCAAAUGCGGAUCACGUCAUUUUUGCUGCAGAGUACGAGGCGUCGUGUAUUUGCAAACUGCAGCAUGACAUUGCUAGAGAGGCGACGAAGCGUUUCGCGGAAAAUGACUUCGAGAACGCGUGGAAAGCUUUGUCGGACGACAGACGGCAGGAAAUCGUCUUGGAGGGAAUCUAUAGGACGAUGUGCAUUCCUGACAUGGAAGAGAGAAGGAAGUAUUGCCCUGACUCUUCUUUAGAGAACUUGACAUCCCGCGGUGGCGAAGAGUAUCUGCGCAUGUUGAAGUGCUUGCUUCCUUCGAACCUCGACGCGCUGCCUACGGUGCCUCUGGAGAUUCCACACACGUUCGUGGAUCGCAUCUUUACGCCUACAGAGGAAGAGCUGCAAUAUCCUGGGUGCAAGACGUUCUUCCGCUCGAUGAAGAAUAGCAGGACAUAUGCCCUGUCUACGGUUAUCUGGAAUAUUCUGCUAACAUUUUACGGCAUAGAAGAGACUCAGCAGCCUAUAAGGCCUGAUCGGGGAAGAUUCAUCCACACCGAAGGUCUCUCCAAAUCCGCUACUCGCGAGAUCGUACGAGAGCACAACGAGCAGCGCAAGCUCAUCCCCAACGCGUGCUCAUUCUGUGGCCUGUCUGAGGACAGGUUGCCGGCUGGGCGGAAACUCCAAGCCUGCAGCAAGUGUCGCCAGCUUAACCGACGAAUGUUCUACUGCUCAAAAGAAUGCCAAACGAAGGACUGGAAGCUCGGCUCUCCGAGGCCUCACAAGCUGAUCUGCGGGAAACCGCUGACUGAGGACAACAUGCCAAAGGCGACGCCGGCGGGGGCUGCGAAGACCGCGUCGGGGAUCCCCGAUCCUGACCCUGGUUUCACUCGCUCUCCUGCCCUGCUUCAUCAGAUCUCACUGCUUAGCGACAACCCCAGGAUUGAUUAUGUGAUUGUGCGGCCAUAUCCUGAACCGGACCAAGGUAUAUGUCUCGCUGACGCAAUGGGGAGCCUCAUGUUCAAGGUCGUGCGCAACCGGGCGCUCAAGUCUGGCGACCGUCAAGCAGUCAACGCAAUAUACAAGAUGCUCAUUCCAUCUAUGGACAAAACCCGCUUACCCCGCUCGAUGCUAUGCAAGCAGCUGGAGCUAGAGUUCGGUCACCGCGUCGAAGAGGAUCCGGAUGCAGCGGGUCCUUCCGUGGACCACUCAGAGGCUCCUUUCACGAAGGAAGAGCUCGAGCAGGCGAUGGAAGAUCUUGAUAUCUGAUGCGUUUAACAUGUUUUGUACAGUAUUUUUGAUACCACUAGAAUGCUAUCCGUUUCUUGAGUCUGAC